AUGUCUUUUUUGAAAUCCGUCAACAACUUGAAGCCAUUGUUCGACAGAGUGUUGGUGCAGAGAUUGAAGCCAGCCACCCAGACCUCCAGCGGCAUCUACAUCCCAGAGAAAAACCAGGAGAAGUUGAACCAGGGUACCGUGAUUGCCGCUGGUCCUGGUGCUACUGACGCCAACGGUAAGAUUGUUCCAGUUUCCGUUCAGGCGGGCGACAAGGUGUUGUUGCCUAGCUUCGGUGGCUCACCUGUCAAGGUUGGUGACGAGGAGUACUUGUUGUACAGCGACAGAGAAAUCUUGGCCAAGAUUGAGCAAUAA